ACCUACACUUGCUGCAAAGAUACGGCGAGGGCUGUCUGUCUGCCAUCCUCUCCGUGCCUGCUGAAGCUACCUAGCAAACUGGCCGCCAUUGCAGCCUGUCCCAGCUUUGGCGCCGUUUGCUUUUAGCCAGGGCAGCAGCAGGAGAGAGAUUCUCCGUGCCUGGCGAAUGGUCAGUGCAGCGUGACUGACCACCGGAGAGAAAAAAGGUUGAAGAGGUCCAGCUGGAGAGAUAAAGAGAGGAGGGGGUUGAAGAGAUAAACUACCUGUGGGGCAGUGCGUAUCCACACACACAAAAAAAAAACCUGGUGUGGUGCGGUGAGUGGUGUGCUGGUGCCGGUGCUCAUUUCGGUGUACCCACCACCGUCGCGGCUGGUUCGGUUUCUGCUGCUGCUGCUGUUGCUGCUGCUGCUGCUGCUGCUCCCUGUGCGCCGAAGCCUGCCGCUGCCUCGCUGUGAAGCAAGACAUUUUCGAUUGGAUGUACACGCGAAUUGAGAAGCAGUACCGAGCAGGCGCCGUCCGUGGCCUCUCGUCGCUUCACACAGCCAGCUCGAGAAGUCAGUUUUUAUGCUGAGUAUAGCCCAGACAUCUUAGCCUAGGAAUAUACGAGGAAGGCCCUACCGGCACCACAACGGUUCUGCUUACUUGCAGAGGGAUAUACUACCUUCGUGUGGCCAGUUUUUCUCACCCUUCCUGUGCAGGUCUGGGAGUAGAGAAAGCAACAACGGGGGCCGUGCCGAGCUAGACAUCCUUUCUGCAAGCUUGGCCGGCAAACCAGCGCAAAGAUGGGUUGUACUAUGAGCGCGGACGAACGGGCGGCACUGGAGAGGAGUAAAGCCAUCGAGAAAAAUUUGAAAGAAGAUGGCAUGCAAGCGGCCAAGGACAUCAAAUUGUUGUUGCUCGGCGCUGGCGAAUCAGGCAAAAGUACCAUUGUCAAACAGAUGAAGAUUAUUCACGAGGGUGGCUUUACUAGCGAAGAUAACAAGCAGUAUAAACCGGUUGUCUACAGCAACACGAUACAGUCGUUGGUAGCCAUCAUCCGCGCCAUGGGGACACUCAGCAUACCAUUUGGUGACAAUGAGCGGGAGUCGGAUGCUAAGAUGGUUUUAGAUGUGAUAGCCCGCAUGGAGGACACAGAGCCUUUCUCAGAGGAACUGCUAGCAGCCAUGAAGAGGCUAUGGAUGGACAGUGGUGUGCAAGAGUGUUUUGGACGGUCAAAUGAGUACCAGCUGAAUGAUUCUGCAAAAUAUUUUCUAGAUGACUUAGACCGCUUAGGGGCAAAGGACUACAUGCCAACAGAGCAGGAUAUUUUGCGAACAAGAGUCAAGACAACAGGAAUAGUAGAAGUUCACUUCUCUUUUAAGAAUUUGAAUUUCAAACUUUUUGAUGUUGGAGGGCAGCGUUCAGAAAGGAAGAAGUGGAUACACUGCUUUGAGGAUGUCACUGCCAUUAUAUUUUGUGUAGCCAUGAGUGAAUAUGACCAAGUCUUACAUGAGGAUGAAACCACUAACCGCAUGCAGGAGAGCUUGAAGCUGUUUGAUUCCAUCUGUAACAACAAGUGGUUCACAGACACUUCCAUCAUCCUCUUCCUCAACAAAAAAGAUCUUUUUGAGGAAAAGAUCAAAAAGUCACCUUUAACAGUAUGCUUUCCUGAAUACACUGGCAAGCAGACAUAUGAGGAGGCAGCUGCCUACAUACAAGCUCAGUUUGAAGCCAAGAACAAAAGUUCUGCAAAGGAAAUCUACUGCCAUCAAACUUGUGCAACAGAUACUAACAACAUUCAGUUUGUGUUCGAUGCCGUUACAGAUGUGAUCAUUGCAAACAACCUACGAGGCUGUGGCCUGUACUGAACCCAAUGUGUGGGCAUAUCUACAAGCCAGUUCGAGUGAAGAGUGUUCGCUGUACGUGCUCUCAAUGUUUCUGUCGGUGACAAGUUGAAACUCAUGGGGACUUCAUCUGCAUGGAGCCAGCAAGCUGCACAAACAGAAACAACACGAAAGAUGUGCAAACAAUAACAGCAUAAAAUGACAAAAGUAUCAGCACAGACUACAAUAAACAAUGGGCUAUAUUACCAGUGAGUGCAGGCAGGCAGGCAAGCAAGAGAGUGCUUAACACUACACACAAUUAUGAACUGCUUCUCGUAAAUGGUGAAUCAUAUGUUCUUGUAUUACGGUGUUUACUUUUGAAUUUUGUUUCCCGACUAAAUGACUGACAUCAGUGACAAGUUGUCAGUCACAGCUGCUGGGGAAAGGUGUUAACAAGUACAGCCAUAUAACAUGUUUAAUGGUCAGUAGUAGCAAUCUGGCCAUAUCUUUUUUCAAACAUACUGCACUCAAAUCCCUGGCUCUGUGACUGACCAUACAAUUGCUGCAAAGUCUUCAUUCAGUGUACAUGUUAAAACAAAGAAGAAAAUGUCUUAGGAUCUCUUUUUUUGCCUCUUGGUUAUUGCUGGCAUGCCAUUACCUUAUGGUGAUUUUAGUUAUUUAUUUAUUUGGUUAGGUAGUAAUAUGUUAACGUAAUCUUUAUUUUGACUUCAUCCAAUGUGCAAAGUUGUGAGAGAGCAGAAACCAUGAUGUGUCUUAAUAUUGCUGGGACGAUGUGGAUCAUUUUCAUGCCAGUUAUUUCACACUCUCAUUCUGCUUUUUCAUCUGGUCAGCUGUCAGCUCUAGUGCUUAUCUCCAUCUCACUCUUGUAUCUGUGGUGGUUUACUGGUGUGCUGUGCACAACCUGCACCACUUGUAAUUGCUUUAUCUUGGGAAGGCAGAAAUUUAAAUUGGAAAGCACAAAGUCUUUAUCAGAAAACACAAAGUCUGAGGAAAACUGAAGGGAAUACACUCGCACAAUUGACAUUAUUUUGUAUUUAAUUUCAGUAUGAGAAAUUAACGAUCUGAGGUUAAAUUUUUUAGGAAAACAUUUUAGGUUUUUGCUUAUUACUGUUUUGGUAGAUGUCUGUGACAUCUCUGGUAGGGUUAGCAUGGUUUGAAAAGUUAUAUUACACUACAAGGAAAAUAAUUUGCAUUUACUACAGCUAUAAGAUUGACAUAAAGGGAUGUUGCAACUCUGCUGGUGAUUGAGACUUAAAAUGCAUAGAAAUAAAAGCCUUUAGGUAUUUUUUGCUAAUCAACCAUGCAUUCUAAAAAGUGCAAUUUCACAAACUGUCUUGGCAUCUCAUGUAUCAAGCAGUCAUUGUAAAUAAUGAAAGAAAAUCUGAAAAGGCUAGCACAAGGAUUCAAGGAUACAAAGUUUGGGCUGCAUUCAAUGACUUGUUAAACUGUAAAGAGAAGUUGGUAAGUUAUGGAAGGAUUCAAAGUUUUGGAAACAUGUCAUCUGGAAAAAUGCAUUUAACAUUUUUGCUUAAGUCUAAAUGAGCAACUUGUUAUAGACAAUAGAAAAUCAUAGAAAAGAAGUUUUGCAUAAAAAGGUGGGGCAAGUUGUGAUGUAUGCGAGUUAAUUUGAAAGAGUAUUUCUAGUGGAGAACAAAACAAGGUGGGGCUAAAUAGUUCAAUAUGAAUGUCGUAGUACUGUAAAUGCAGUAAUUUAACAUUUUCAAAAUCUGCAAUGCGUUUACUUUGCUUGGAGACUUUGGGGCUAGUGCCGGUUAUCAUUGUCAUUUUAGUUUGUUGUCAGCAGCAUUGCAGAUUAAGUAGCUAGUAAUAUAGUGCUUCACUAGGUGCUAGCUGAUACAACUUUCCAUACAUCAUAAUUCAUUUGCUCAAAUUUCCAUUACCAUAAGUUAACAUUCACUGUUUGUGGACUGUAAGUGAUGGAAGGUGACAAGCAACAAGAAACUAAGCAGCUUUAGAAAAGGAUUUAAUGUAUUUUAAAAAUUUAAUCAAGGGCUGUCAGGUUACCUUGGUAACAUGUUUGUUUGGAUUUUUAUUAGUGGAGUUUGAACGUUUCAUGGUAGAAUCAGUAUUUUAGUGAUAGUGGUUUUGGUGGGGUCUGAUUAGUGCCAAUAUCUUUCAAUUCCACAAAGUCUUUGCAAAAGAUUUUGAUGGUUUACAGAGAGGAUUUUGCAGGUGCAACACUAUUGUUAAUAAAGAAAACUGGUUGAAUCAUAGUUCAGAGAUGCACAAAUGAGUUGCCACACAAGCAGCUCACAAAGAAUUUGUGUGAAUAAUAAAAACGACAUGAUUGUUCAAACGUUUGUUACAGUUGAGAGCCAGUUUUUCACCUAGAGGCCUGUUUUCAUUAGUCAUAUUGUUUUCUUUAUUUCAGGAUUAUUUUCCUGUAUGUUUUUGUUGCAUCAUAGUCUUAACUUCUAGAGCAUGAAUGAUAUGUAAGCUAGAUUGUUUUCACAGACCCCUAAUUCCCAAAUCAGUGUCUUCGUCACAGUUUGCUUCAGGAUCUGCCAGCAAGUGAAUAUAAGGAGAGAGAUUUCAUUUUUCACACCUUAUUUGUUGCAUGUUUCUUGAUAUUUUUCUUGACACACACGAUGCAGAUAUUAUAAUGAUGAUCAAGAACAUGAUGGUUGCCAUGGUUUGGUUUUUACUUUCUCCUUACAAUCUGCUAUUGUGGUGUGCAGUGUAUUCAGCACUAUCACAAGUUUUAUAAAUGUCAUUUUCUCCCCUGUUGUUCAUGAUUGAAACUGUUGACUGCAAGGCACAUACUUGAGUCCCUUUUGCUGGGAAUCAUCCAAAAUUUUUCAUGAGCUAUUCAGUGUUAGAAGCAGCUGCCCAUGCAUUUGGCAUCAGUCACUUCAGCUGUCAUCAUAACCAUUACUUCAUACACUUUGAGGGACUACUGGAUUCAUUUAAUAGAGAAUGCAUGAAGCAUCUGAAAUGAAAACACAAAAAAAUCCCAAGCUUCAUAUGAUGCUGAAGUGUGGCAGGAUAAGGCUGGUUAUGAAGCUGCACUCUUGUUUAUUCAUGUGCUACUUUUUAUAGAGGAGGACACUUUAUGAACUUUUUCAUUGUAUAUUCAAGUAACUUUGUGUGGAAUUUUGCUGGGGUAUGAUAAUGAGCAAUCCUGCGCUUUCUGCUUUAGCUUUGUCACAACCAGCCCAUUUGCAAAUUAUGCUUCUCAUAGGGGAGAAAGAUCUGUAAGUGGGUGCAUGUGUGCGAGUGUGUAUUUUGUCCAUGUUUGUGUGGAAAGGAAGAGCUUUCUGCACUGAACUGAAAGGAAAUGCUUUUCAUUAUUAUAAUAUUUCAGUAGAAUUGAAUAUGACAAUGUUGAGCAGUUAUUUUUUAAAAUGAACCUAUAUCUUUCUUUCUUUUCUUUUCUUUUUUUUUUUUGAGGCUGAGUGGGGCGGAAGGAGAUAGGUAUUGAAUCUAGUGUCUUCAUACAUGAAUGUCAGACCUCAUACAUAAGGCCUGCAUUACUGCUUUUCAGACCAUGAGGCAAACAUACAUUUCCCCUCCACCCUUUUUUUUCGGUCAGUCAUGACAUGAACACUUAAUGGCUCUUAUGUAUCUGAGUGCAUGCAUUUGUAUUCAGCUAUCUGAUUGCUGUCAGCACAAUGAGAUUCACGUGACCAUCUUUUUGAAGUGUUUGUUGAUGGAGAACCAUUGUCCUCAGUGGAUUCUGUAACUGUGUAUUUGUGAUCACUACGUACUGUGUUUUCAUUAUUGCAUUGAGAUUGUGUCAUAGGGGUUGGGAACCAUAACAUGGGAGAAAUGUAACUGGCUGACAACUGAAGGGGGUGGAUUGUCCAAAAGAGGCAUUUGUGUUAUUUUGUGCAUUAAAAUGGGUAGAAGUAACUGAAAGACAUCUGUCUGGGAUGUGUGUCAAAAAGAACUCACCAGUGUAUAGUUCUCCAUAUCAUAUUUAUCAAACCAAGCCAUCUUGAGGAUGUAAGAGCAGAUAAAAGGAAAAUACUUGCAUUGACAGACAUUGUUAUUAUGGUCAGACAGCCUUGCUGUCACAUUAAUUUAUUAAAAUAUGUCAGACUAAGUGGAUUUUAAGUGAAAAAACAAAAAGUCUGCCUUCACCUUCACUGCCUUGUUGGGACAAAGAUCAGUUCAGGAAGUGCUACAAAACUGUGACAUGCUAUCUUGCAGUCCCAGUCUCCAACUCUGUUGCAACUUAAUUUACUAAAACAGAUAUUUACUAUUCCUGAAGAAGAAGCUUAUAUAAGUCUCUUGAGAACCUUACCCCAGGAAUUUACAAAAAAUAAAUCAAUCAUUUUAUUUUCUAUGGUGAAGAAAUUUGUAGUUGUGAACUUUUAAUUGACACGAUCAAGAUAUUCUACAAAGUUUGCUCAUGGCUUAAGUUUCAAUAAGUACAAAGCACAAGCUAGAAAUCUCUUUGUUAUGGUGUAGAACAGGGGAUCACCCACCUUUUUGAAAAUGAGAGCUACUUCAAGGGUACUGAGUAGUAUGAACUACUUGUUCGAUACAACCUUACUUGAGUAACUUACUGAUAACAUGCCCUGCAGGUGACCAGGCGCCCAUGGGCACCAUGUUGGCUAUCCCUGCUGUAGAAUGUAGGUAUUGUGAUCUGAUCAUAUGAAAAAGAAACAAAUUUUUUUUACUCGCAUUAGUCAUUUACUCAUAUUUGGAAAUUUAUUUUACACUCUAAACAUGACAUUUGUGAAACCAAACAAGGCAGACAGACACUGAGACAGAUGUUUGUGCAGUUAAAAUGCAGAAAACUGAAUAAUUCAGAGGAAUUUAGGUUAUGUCUCAUGCUUUUAUUUUUGAGAACCACUAAGUUGGCUAGGCUCAGAAUGGAUUACUUUCUGGGAAGGGGGUUACUGGGAUUGGGCUGUGUUACAAGAAACUGUACUGUACUUUAUAAGUGUAUAUUGCAAUGCCAGUGGUCAUAUGACCAUCUCUUUGACCAUGUUUUGCUUUGUAAGCAGUGGUAUACAUGUAUUUUAUGCUGUGUGGAAGAGACUGACGUUUUCUCUACUCAUCGGUUCUAAUUCAUUUAUUCAAAUGUACAAAAGCAAAACAAAACAAAAAAAGACAAAAAAAUCUCCCCCUCCCAAGAGUUGUUUGCAUGAGUGUAUCAUUUUGACUUUGAAAGAUGGUUGUUUAUGGUCCAUUUUGUAUGUGUUCAGCCAACGACUUUGAUGUUAGUCUGCCCUCAGAGUUACACAGUUAGCUUUCAAUGCUCGAAAGAUGUGAGAUGUGAAAACCUUUAAGUAGGCAUCUAUGUGAGCCAGAGCUGUAGUAUGGUCUUCUGACCACUAUGCCGCUGUGGUUCAGAGGCCCUUAACAAGGUACUCUAUUGCUUUUAAACCUGUUAACAUCCAAAUCCCUUCUGCAUACUUUUUUUUUUUAAAGUACAGUCUAAAUAUGUUAGUAGAGUUUGAUUUGCCAGGUGUAUAUUGGUACAGUACUGCAUGAGAGUGCUUCUGAUUACCUAGCUUACCAGUUCUGAUUCAGAUCGGAUACUGUUAUGUACUGUACUAUACUGUGGCUGCACUCUGUGGCAAUCAUAUUCACUUUUAUUUUACUGUAAAAGUGUUUCUAAUGCAAGUGGACUAUGAUUAUUAUGUACUAAUAUAGAUUUGCGGGGUCGAAUGUCAUACUAUGUUGCAAUGGACAAAGUUGCAAGAAUGACUGGUCUCUUGGUUGUCUUUCCAACUCUUUUCCCUCUCAUUCUGUCUUGCUCUCUCUCUCUUGCUCGUUCACUUCCACAUUCUGUCUUUCUUUCUUUCCCUCUUUCACUGUGCACUGUAGAAUACCAUUGCUUGUGUUGUUACACUCUGCUGAUGUGAGACAGUACCCAUGCAAACAUGGGAUUCAAAGGAAAGUUGCAUGUGAUUUUCAGCUCAUCUGCAAGUAGACAUCUUGAUAUGAAGGGAGAGUGUCUGCAAAUGAAUCUAGAAUUUUGACAAAUAUCAGAUCCACUUGCAGACUUUCCCAGCCAGCUUUGCUGAGUGUGCUGAUCUCUCAUCUAGUCCAUUGUAGAAAACAAUUGCAAACAACGUCAGUGUGUUAAUGUCUCUCUCCAUCUCUUACUCUCCUCUUGGUCUCUGUUUCUUUGAUCAACCUAAAAUAAAACAUUUAGAAUUUU